CAGCUGCUAAAAUCCAAAAUGCUGGUGAAGCAUGGGGCAGAGUAUCGGCAGAUCCUCAAGGACAGUCAAAUUGAGAGAGCCUUCUGGGUCACCAACAUCAGCAAUAUCACAUCGCUGUUUGGGAAGUACUUCAACCCGUCCGAGAGCAUGGACUUCCUCCUCGUUGCUAUCGACGGCGUGAGAGACUCCAGCGUCCAUGACGCAGUGACGGCCAGGAACAUGCUGCAUACGAUCCUGGAGGUUCCCGGCCUAGGCUUGGUGAGGGUGUCAGAGGCUGUGAGGAGCAUUCAUAACCACCUGGACUCCAUCAGCGAGCCACUUGCCCGGCAGGAGCUGCUCAGGGCCCUUCUCCUGCUGGGUUCCCAGUUCAGCGAGGAGGUGGUCGGAACCCUGCUGGGCUGCUCACUGUCAUGUGACAGUGUUGCUGCAGAGAUGUGGAAGAUACUGACAUCCCAGCCCAAGAGCACAGAAAAGAUCCUUAGGGAGCUGGUCAGCAGGCUGCAGGGGCAGGCUCCACGACGGCAUCAGCUCUCUCAGAGACCGGCCGGCGUCGCCUCCUUGGCCGCCACAAGAGCCCUGUAUGUGAUCCUGCAGGAGCAGGCCUGCAGGCAGGAAGUGAAGGAGCUCUUCCCUCAGCUCUACGUCGCGCUGCUCUUCCACGUCACCCACACAGUGCAGCACACUGCUUCGCAGGAGAGGGAGCAUAACCAGGAGGACACGGCCGCACCCCUCAGCCCCGUCAGGUUCGCGGUGAAGGCCAUGGAAGCUUUGCUUCUAUGCGCUGGCUACAAGGAGCAGGCCACCUUCAUGAUGAAGCAUGGCCGCUGGGACCUGCUCAUGAGCUCUGACACGCACCACAAAGGUGUCUGCCUGCUUGCCCGGGCCAUGGUUUCGCUCAAUGUCGAGGAGCGAAACUGGAUUUUCCACCAUCUCAUGGCCAUCCUCAACGAUCGGGACGAUAGGCGGUACGUCCCGGCCGUGGCGCUCUUCAUUCAGCUCCUCAAGUGCCCUGACCUUGGCAGCGAGCUGGAAGACGCCAUCGUGGAGGAGAUGAGCAGGCUGCUGAGCGACCCCAAGACCGUGGUGCGCUGGUUGGCGCUCAAAGGCCUCCUCAAUCUGGCCCUUCGCCCAGAGAAGGUGGGGAAACUCCAGCAUCUGCUGCCAGAUGUCCUGGAGCGACUCCAGGAGGUAGACAGAGACCUCAUCCGCAAGGCCAUCGCCGUGCUGAAACACCUCCUCGCCGGCAUGGACAGGCAGAGCGCCAGCCGCGCGGCUGUGCAAGUGGCUGCGCAACUCCUGCCGUUGUUUCAUGAUGUAAGGCCUGGCAGCUCACAGGAGAUCCCAUCAAACUGCGGACAUGUGACCAGCAAGCUCCGGGUGCUCUCCAUCACCCUUUUUAAAGACCUGCUGGAGCUUGUAAGGGGGCCCAACCGGAGGCAGAUGAAGGAGCAUGUGCUCCAGAGCCUGGUCCCACUGCUCCUCCUUGUGCAUGAUGAGCGUCCCAACGUGUCCCAGGUGUGUUGGGACACCCUCAGCAGUGCCGCCCAAUUCCUGAAGUGGCACCAGCUCAGUGGCCUCAUCCAGCACAAGGAAACCUGGCGAAGCUGUGACUGCCUGGUGAUCCACUACAAGGAGAGAGCUGAUGACUUCCUGGGCCAGACCAUGGCCUUCCUGCAGAACCCACAGACUCCAGUUAGGGAAGCAGCCAUCAGGUUCCUAGGGCUCACUUCCCGGCAGCUGGACCAGGGGAGCCAGGACAAGCUGGACGCCAUCUGCGACAACCUCAAAGGCUUGCAGCAGGACAGCAAGUCCUCAGUCCGAUGCCUGGCUUCUCAGACCAUCUUCAUCCUGGAGGCCUUCAAGAACCAGCCUCCAGCCUGCUGCAGCCUAUGGACAUUGGUCCAUAGGAUAAGAACAAUGUGCACUGCGGAGAGCCAGCUCAUUGAAGCUGCCCAGCUGCCCUAGC